UCAACGUUUGUGUAAUUACGAUAAUGUUUACGUGUUUGAUAUCACCAAUCACCUGUCGAAAGGUCACUCGCUAUAUUUAGCGGCACUCUUUCGAGUCGAAUGAAUGGCAACGCGUUUCAAUACUCUCAUUCUUGGGUUUUUUGUGUGUUUUGUUUUUGUUCUGGUUUGACUGUUUUUUUACCGUCGAUAUGCCUGCAAACAAUAUUCUUGGAAGCAGAGACCAAAUAUAUGUCACCAAACGAUUCGAGUUGACAAGUGGUUUUCUCAGAAAUGUCUGAAGUCACCGUGACCAAGAACACUUAUCCAAGUAUGAUGCAUGACGUCAUCUCAAUGUCAAUCAAAAGUGAAGUUUCGAUUUGCUGACUUUCCGGGUCGAAAAUAAGAUUUAAAAACUUGGAACAGUCGACGGUUGCUGAAAUUGAGUUCUCUCCAGCGGGAGCAAUGACGAAGAAAGUAAAUGCAAAAACUGAACAUGAGAGAUCGAAUAACUGGCGAUCUAAGAGAGAAAAUUGUUUGGCUUACUCUAGACAUCUUUGCGUUACCACGAGAUUUACAGAUGUUAUGGGGAGAAGACCUUCAUCAUCAUCCAAAGAUGCUGUGUUGACGUCGCCUCUUACGCACGCAGCUGGGUAUGAACCAUACGAUUAUUUCGGGAGAAGAAAUUUAGCACUCCAUAGACAAGUGAGCCGAGUCCAAGGCAAGGUGGCGAGUGAAGUGUUCAAAAGGGACAUGAAAUUUUACAGAAAAUUCGGCACCAUGCCUACAAUGCUAAAAACACACACAUUAGCACCAACAUCAAAUAAAACAAGAAGAACAAAUUGUCAAGCCAAUUCAAAUUCAUUAUAUUUAUGCUGCAGCGUGGACGACGAUGCGAGCUCGUUCUGUGAUUCUGUUUCAUCAAUCGCUUGCAGCAGCAUUAGCCACGUGGAGAAACAGGAAAAAUGGACCAAAGAUGCUUGUGAGUUAUCGGACAAGACCACAAAGUUUGAUGCCAUCGAAAAGUGGUUACAAGGUUUACCCAAGCCAGUUUUCAAGACUGGUGCAGGACAUCUUUAAGUGUACAAGGCUAGCUUAAAAGUAACGCACUCCCACUUGAAUUGCAUGACUUUGUAAAUGUCUAAUUACUGUGAUAUCCGUAGCAAGCAGUGCGUAGUAAACUGUAGAUAAGGACCUCAGUAAGUAAUUUUCGAUAAUUUCAAGCAAACACCAAACAAGAAGACGUGCACAUCAUGUUUUAAGUAGGUCUCAAAAAUGGACUUCGAAAAAUCUUCAAUGCUUCCACCUUAGUUUACAUUCAGUAAUCACCGGCCGUAAUUUCUGUUGAGGGUAAAUCUUUGUAUCAAUAGAAAAUGUUAACAUAGCGUGAAAAGACUCAGUGUUUGUCAGUCAGUCAGUCAGUCAUUCUGCAGUCAGUCCGUCAUUUUGCAGUCAGUUGGUCAGUCGCUCAGUUAGACAGGUAGCAAGCUAGAUUGUUAGUUACUUAGCUAAUUUGUUAUUCUAUGUAAUCCAUUAGGAAGUCAGGUUAUUAGUCACCCUACACAAAAGAGGUAACACAGAAAAAGCCUGGCUGCGUCCUCUGAUGUUAAAUCUGGUGUAAAACUUAAUUCAUCAAUCUAGAUUCUAAUACUUUAUAAUACUUUUUUCGCUGCUUAUGUUCCUAUGCGAAAGCAACUGAUGUUUGACUCCGCUAUUAUCUAAUUUUCUAAAUAUAGCGCCAGUUUCAUUACGAGCAUGGGCUGGGUUCAUAAGAUCGCGGAAAACAUUCCAAGCCUUUCAAAACAUCAGAAGUAAUAGAGUAUACGGGUAGUGGCAGUUAGAAAGGUAGCCUACCAAAUAUGAUCUCUAAACGUUGAAGAUGGCUAUCAUCAAAUGCACAAAUUUAUUAAAAAUCAACUCUGCUUAAACCGAAGCAGCUUCUACGGUUCCAUGUUGUUUACUGUUUCGGAAUAUUACCUUAACCACGACCUUAUCUUUUGACAAAUCAAUAAAAUGCAAAAACAAAGUUUGUGUAUUUGAUGAUGCUUUAAAGCCAUAUGCGUCAUCAGAGUUUAUGAGCCAGUUUUUGAACCUUUAAAUAAAGAUCACUAUUUGUGCAAGUUA